AUGAGAGACUUUACGGAAUGCCAUGAUGAUUUCGCCCACCAGCCGCCCGAUGGACUUUUAAAACCUCACUCCUUUACCUGGCUUGGUGUCAUCCAUUAUGUGCACGUUACAACCGGCCUUCCACAUCACAAUAAAGCACCACGUGUAGUUCUCAUCCAUAAACAUUUCGCUAUGGGCACUUCCAUGGAUUUGCUGCGAGUGCCAAAAAAUUACAAACUCGGUAACGUUAUAUUCGGUGAUUACGAGCGAGAUGAAGAGGAUUGUGGUUUGACGAAAUCACAAAUUCACAUGGGGCUUCAGUGCCCGGGCGCAUAUAUAGAAAUGCCCUUCUCUGAUAUCAUUCCGCAUCCGGAAUUCUCAAGAUUUGGUGUAGGAAACAGUCUGGCUCUCGUCAAACUACUUCGACCCUUGAAAUCACUUUACGCUGUACCAAUUUGUUUACCAAGUUUGGAAGAGCGGCAAAGAAAGAAAAGAACUAAAGUCGUAUUUCUUGUAGACUAUGUCAGUGGUGUCCCAAGAGACUUCACAGUAGAGAAAAUGGCCAAAAAGUCAUUAAAAUUGUAUACUCAUAGAGACUGCAAAAGACAUCGCUUGAAAUCGAGGCUUGGCAGCGAAGGAGUAAGUCACGUUCUCUGUUCCUCGGGAUGCGGAGUACGAACCGGAGCUCCAAUUGUCACCCAUUCAAUGGUUGGUAACUUCGAGCUGAUGGGUUUAGCGGCAGCCUCAGUCCCGUGCGCCCGGCGCGCGCAACGUCAACGGCUCAACGCACAGCCGCCCGUCUAUAUCGAUGUAUACCCCUACUCAUCUUGGAUCAUCAACACCGUCACCGCACACAUACUACCUUUGCCAUACCCUAAUAAGGUUACGCUCACUGAUGCUGGAGUUAAAGGGGGUUAUGCUAAAGGUUUUCUCAGAAGAAGAAAAGAAGUCCUUCAAGGGUGGAAGGGUCGCAAUUAUGUGUGCGGAAACUGGUGUUAUAAAAGCGAGCACAAGAAAAAUAGGUUAGCAUUCUUCUACUCGGAAAAAUUUCAGAUAAACGGUAACCCACCUGGCGUGAUGAACAUUUUUUUCCAAUUAUCCGCCGGCUUGGAAACAACAAUACUCUGCGUGAAUAUGCUAUUUCCUAACCGAUGGGCGGAUCCAAAAAUCCAAGGUGUAGGUGGCUACAAUAUCUCCAUUGAGUUCAGUACCGAUCGGUUCCCUUAUAAUUUCUAUUAUACUGUCGGUAUCUACGGCAGGAAUACUACUUACACUGACAUGGAAGAUUGGCAUCUCGAAAGAAAUGAACGUAUCUGGUAA